UUUGGUCAGGGGAGCAAAAGGGACUAUAAAUAUGCAGCGCAUGUAAACACGUUGGAUUGUACACUGGGUCUAGCUGUCCUCACAAUUCUCCAGGUGGGGCAUUUUCAGUGGACUUUGUGCUCACCAUGUCAGAGGGAAACGGCAGCACAGUGACUGAGUUUGACAUCGUGGGCUUCCCUGGACUCCACCCCGAGUACUACGGCCUGGCGUCCGCAGUCAUGUUCCUGGUGUACGUCUGCACUCUGCUGGGAAAUGCGGUCUUUCUCCUGCUGUUCGCCAAGGACCACAGUCUCCACAAACCCAUGUACCUCAUCAUUCUGAACUUGGUCGUGCUGGACCUUCUGUUCAGCACCACCACUCUGCCCAAGAUCAUUGCCAGGUACUGGUUUCGGGCAGGAGCCAUUUCAUUCAUGGCCUGCUUCGUCCAGAUGUUCUUUGUGCACUAUUUCGGAACUAUAGUUUCCGUUAUACUGUUGUUGAUGGCUCUGGAUCGGUACGUGGCGAUAUGCCACCCUCUCAGGUACCCCAUGAUCAUGACGAACUUCAACCUGUGCGUUCUCUGCGCCACCGCCUGGACUAUCUCAAUGCCCGCUUGCCUGAUGAUGGUGAUCAGGGCCUACCCAUUGCCUUACUGCGCCUCGAACAAGAUAGAGCAGUGCUACUGCGAUCACAUCGCAAUCACAACGCUGGCGUGCACCGACAGGGCUCCAUAUGGCUUCCCGGCCUUCAUCCUCGCCAUGCUGGGGCUGCUGGGGCCCCUGGCCUUCAUCGUGUUCUCCUACGGCUCCAUCGUGGUGGCCGUGCUCCAGAUCGCCAGCACCGAGGGCCGCCUCAAAAUGCUGUCCACCUGCAGCGCCCAGCUCAUCAUCAUCGCCCUCUACUACCUGCCCCGGUGCUUCGUCUACCUGGCCAGCAACGUGGGCAUCAGGUUCAGCAAGGACCUGCGCAUCGUCAUCAUCAUGCUGUACAGCCUGCUCCCGCCCAUGAUAAACCCGCUCAUAUACUGCUUGAGGACUAAUGAAUUUAAAGUUAGCUUGGUAAAAAUAUUUAAGAGAGCUAAUGUUGAUGUUUUCAAAGGGGUGGCCUAGGGAACCAACACGACGGCAAGAACACACAAAUUAUUUUUCUUAUUCUACACUGACAGUGCUGGUCUACCAGCCGUGCUUGUGCCUUAAAGUGUCCCUUGUGCAAGGAAAUGUCUCACAAUGAUUAGAACUGACUUUGCUCUUGAAAACAUACAACGUAUUUAAUCAGGGCUAGUGAAUGCUCAUUCUGGUGGCAUAAGAAAGAAAGCAUAACCGUUUGGAGGAAAAGUUUUAGAAUACAGUUUGUUCACUGUCGUUUUAAAGCACGGUUGGUGUCCGCAUCUGUAGCAUUCGGUCCGGUGGAACGGAUUUUUUUCUCGGUCGCGCCUGUUGGUGGAGAGAGCACACGCACCUGGGCCGCGUUAGCUAACGCAGCCCAGGUGCUUAAAGGUGUGUGUUCCUCUCCACAGUACGGGGCCUGAAACCGUGAGCAUACACAGAGAGAGCGAGUCUGUUUGAGUUUCAUCUCUCCCCCAGAGAAAUACGAAGAAAGAGAAUGGUCAGCUGAAAAGUUGGCCAGCUGA